CGCUAUAUUCAUAUUACCGUAUUACGGCUCCUUACUUGGGCCUCAUUACCGCCGCCAUUCACGAGUUUCAGCGAUGUCCGCUUAUCGCAACUGACAUCAUAUUUGCCUCCACUCGCUAUAAUAGCGCAACGUGACAUUACCAGAGCGCGCUGAGUUUCCACACCAUCACCAUAACACAGAAUGGCUUAACCUGCUUCUGAAAUAUAGCAUAUCUAUCUGUCAAUCUUAUCUGCUGACCGACCAAAUCGCCUACACUACGCCCUUCAGUGCGAGCCAUCAGUGACCAUCUUUCCCUGCAGUACUCCGAGAACGUAUGCACAAAGUGCAAGCUCCACCUACUCGUGCCACGUCACCCAAGCCGACAAGCUAAUGUAGCCUCUACCUAUUACAGCCACCAGCCAGCAUUCAUGUCCGUAGACCGCGCGAGCAGCUAACCAAUAAUCGUCCAUCACAGCAUGUGUGCAUGCAUAUACACGAAUACCCAUGGAUCAACAGACAGUGGCCAGUCUGUUCGGCCGACCGAAAGUUGGGAAGCCGAGGAGGAUGGGGGAAGGGGCAUAAUCGAAACAUUCCAUCUGUGCGUGUGCGUGAACAGGUCGCGACACAUCGGGACACGUGUGCACACACACACACACACACCGCAUAAAUGUGAGCACGUGAUGCCUGUUUUUGCCUCUUACAGCCCCAAUGGAAUCUUCCGAUUCCGUACGGAACUCCACAAGAAAGAGCCAUGCUCCACAAACACACGCUGUGUCUCACCUAUAUAUAACACACACGCAGUGGCUCAUAGUGUAUAUCCAUUGCUACUCGCACUCUCACCCUCGUCAUCCCGCUCGCUCCUGCGGCUACUGCUCAUACUACUGCUGCUGCCGCCGCCCAACGUCCCCAUGAUCCCCAUUGCACUCCCCGCCGCGGCUGCAGCCUCCCGGGCCGCCGCGCCGCUACUUGUCCGUAUCUCCUGCUGCCGCCUUGACAUGGCGCCCAGGGCCGCGCUGGACUGCUGCGACACGGCGCGACUGCCGCUGCCAAGCAGCGCCUGCAGGUCGAAAUGGCACUGCGCCACCUCACCUGCGAGGGCGGUCUUCUGCUGCUGGCAAUCGUGAAGAGCGCCCGCCCGGUCGGACAGCGCCAGCUCCGCCUUGGUCUUAGCUUCGUGCUCCAUUCGGGCCUUGGAUUUAAGUUGCUGUAUCACUCCUUCCUGUUCGUUGAUGUUGGACUCUUUGAGGUCGACACCCUUCCGGAUCCGGUCGAUCUCCCAUUUGAGCUUCUCGAUCUCGCGCUCCUUCUCGAUCAGCUGUGCCUGGAGUAUGGCUUCCGCGGGGAGGCUGCGCAGGGAGCUCCGGAGCGCCCUUGAAGACUCAGAGGCUGUGAAGACGAAGUGGGCCACAAGGAAAACACCACAGACGGCGCAAAGCAGGUAAAUGUACGUUUGAAAGCUGAAGUUCGUCUGGGGCAUGGGCUGGACAGCUGACACUGUGUAGCUUCGAGAUGGUGAAAAUCGACCGGUAAGCGAUCCUUUGGCGCUGGAAACACGCACCAUUACGCGGUCCAUCAUAGAACUGGAGCUAAACGGUAAUGACAGCUGAGGGGAACGUCGAUCACCCACAAACCGUUAAAACCCGUUAAUCAGACUGUAAAUUGUCAUGUAAUAAUUUAUCAACCAUGAACUUGUUGAGACUGUGGAAGGAGAGAUAAACCGCUAGCGUCAGGAGCCAAUAGUCCGGGCCUAACUUGAAGCUACAACCUAGGAUCAUAAAUUUCCCUGGCGUGUGGGACAUACAGCCGUUGUCUAAGGAGAUGAAGCCAUCGCAGUAACCUGGGUGCCACCUGGAGGCCAGGGUGCCGUGAAGAUGGCGGAUGGACGCCGCCGGGACGCCACGAUAGCAGCAGCCUAUUGACAAGACACACACGGCCUUUGUUGCACGCCGUCCCAUGGGGAAGUACGCUCAGCUUGUGAUUGGCCCAGCGGGCUGUGGCAAGUCAACGUACUGCAACCACCUGUACGAGCAUUGCCAAGCUAUUAAGCGAUCAGUACAUGUCGUUAACCUAGACCCAGCCGCUGAGGCCUUUCAAUACCCGGUCUCCCUGGACAUACGCGACCUGGUGUGUUUGGAGGACGUCAUGGAGGAGCUGGGGCUGGGACCCAAUGGCGGUCUGUUGUACUGCAUGGAGUACUUGGAGGACAACCUUCACGAGUGGCUGGGGGAGGAACUGGAGGGUUAUGGCGAUGAGGACUAUCUGGUGUUCGACUGCCCCGGCCAAAUAGAGCUGUACAACCACCUCUCCGUGUUUCGGAGCUUCGUGGACUUUUUAAAGAAUGACGGCUGGUCUGUGUGUGUGGUGUAUUGCCUGGACGCGCACUUCGUGACCGACGUGGCCAAGUUUAUGGCCGGCGCGCUGCAGGCCCUGGCCGCCAUGGUGAAACUGGAGCUCCCCCAUGUGAACAUCCUGACCAAGGUCGACCUCAUGGAGGACAAGAACCAUUUGGACGAGUUUCUGUUCCCGGAUCCGGAGCUGUUGCUGCACCAGCUGGCGGCCUCCACGGGCCCGAGAUUCCGACAGCUCAAUCGGGCCAUGGGGGGGCUGCUGGAGGAGUUCUCGUUGGUGUCCUUUCUGCCGCUGGAUAUCACGGAUGAAGACAGCAUCGCGGACAUUCUGGGUCAGAUCGACAUGGCGAUUCAGUACGGCGAAGAUGCCGAGCCGCGAAUCAGGGACGAGCUGGAGGACGGCGGUGAUGACGAUGAUGAUGAUGGCGGUGGUGACGGCGGUGACGACAUUUGA